UUGGGAGGAGCGUUAGGUUUAAUUACUAGCAAAAGUUAAUCACGUAUAAUUAGUGGAGCAAUAAUGAAGUGAAGGGCUUUCUUAGUGAGUUACAUUAGUACAGAUUUGGUAUUUUGAUUAUUAAACGGACUUAGCAUUUCUGCCUUUUUCAUUAGGUAUUACGGUGAAGAAAAUAGGUUCUCCCGAAUGAGCAAAAUCGUUUUUGUUCAUAUUUUUUAAAGCAGAUACUGCCUUUCGAGUUUUUUUUAUGGACGCUACGUGUUCUUGUCCGAAUCGAGCAGCGUUACGCUACGGCAAAUACCCCUGAAUUGCUCGCGUGCUUUCUCCAAUAAUCGGUUCUCUAUCCGAAUAUCAUGGAGGUGAGCCACUCAGUUCGUGAACGAACCAUAGCAGAAAAUAGCCUCAUCAUUCUGCUGCAAGGAAUUCAUGGGCUUGUCACCACCAUAGAUUUAAAAAAUGAGAGUGUGGUCAAAGGUCGCAUUAUCAAUGUGGAUGCAUUCAUGAACAUUCGGCUAACAGAAGUUGUCUACACAGACCCACGUGGCAAGGAGACGAAACUGGACGACUUUUUUGUGACUGGUAGAAAUGUCCGAUAUGUGCAUAUCCCAGACGAAGUAAAUAUCAUGAAAACAAUUGAAACCCAGCUACAAAAGAUUCAUAGAGUUCGAAACUUUGGUGGUGAGAGUCGUGGUAGAAAAGAAUAUUUGAAUAAAAAAAAGUAACUUCUAUAUAAGGAAGUCAACAUUGCCAUCUGUCCGGAUUUUUCAAGGUUUACUAUUGUUGCUACCGUUAACAGCUGCUGAAACCAUAGGAUUAAUUUUAACUGCUGACAUGAACACCACAAUAAAAUUUAAAAAUGGCUUAAUCUUCAAAUAAUAAAGGUUUUGUUUAGGAAAAAAAGUCUUGAUAAACAACCAUAUGUAUUCAUAUGUAUUGAUUGUAAUUAAAGCUGAAUUUAGAAAAUGCAAUGAACUGAAUGCAAGUUUUACUUAAUCGGUUCAAAAAAUUUAUUUUAUUUCAUUUUUUUUUUUUUAAAACAAGCUUUUGCAGUCCAUAACAAGAGCAGUGUGAACUGAUUUACUGGGUUAGAUAGACUUCUUAUAAAUAUAUUCCAUAUGUAAAAAGAAAAAAACAUAUCUGUUAAAGCUAAGCAUUUUUAAAGCAUUGUCCUGUAAUGGAUUUGAACAGAGGAUGACGGCAUUCUGGGCAGUGUGUUAGGAUCCAAACAUAGCUGGAGUCUUAUUUGUGUGAUGCUUAAAUAGAAUGGUUCGAUAAUAUUGACAUUCACAAUUAAACUGUUUAAUUAAGAGUCAAACCAGCUUCUUAUAAGCAAGUGUGGCAUAACAAUAGCUAGAUGACUGCAUUGUCUAUGGAUUUUAAUUGCAGUUCUAACCGUAUUGCUCCACUGGGAUGAAUAAAGUUAAAUUGCAUUGUC